GGGCAGUGUUCAGCUCAUGAUAACAAGCAACAUAUAAAGCCCGUGUGAUUCUUACUGGAAAUAUCUGCGUUUACUAUCAAAUUCAAUAAUUAGAGUACACCAUUCCAGUACCUCUUACCGGAAUCUCACCAUGCUCUGCACCGCUUGCCAAGACAUCUCAUUUGUUCCAUUGCAACAGACUGGUGUCACUUUUCAAAAAGAUGCGACUGAAGAAAUACGAGCCGCGUACGCUAAUCAUGGAUUCUAUUUUCACGAGAGCUGUCGUAUGGUAGAGUGGAAUCAGCUUCGACCCGAGUGCCAGCUGUGCAAAUUAAUGAGUGCUCGACUACGUUGCAAUGUGAAUAGAUCCUCGAAUGAUAGAUUAUCUGCUGCUUUGGAUCUCACAGCCUUCCUUGGAGACGACACUCCGUUGAUAAAUUCGAAGCUCGGAUUCACGCUGUUAAUAUUAACCCAGAAAGGAGAAUUUUCAAAAUCGAGCGACGGUCGGAAUUUUGUGAAAAUCAACGACGGAACUAAUUGGUCAGGGUCUUUUGAUAUUCACUAUGGCAAAUUACCUGAGGUCUAUUCCGAAUGUUCCUACGAAGGCUCUCUAUAUCAACGAUUUGAAGACCGUGACGAUGGAUUUGACGCAUCUAUGAGAUUGGCAAUUACAUGGAUGAUUGAUUGUUUUGAUCAUCGGCUUUGCCGAGAAACAAUAGGGGCGCUCCCUACUCGUGUCAUAUAUAUCGACGAGAAUCCCAGUAUUGCGCCGCGUCUUGUAGAGUCAAAAGGACAAGUGGUUUCCUAUGCUACUUUGAGUUAUUGUUGGGGCAGAAAGGGUCAAUUGCAACUAAAGAAAGCAAAUCAUCUUCAGUUUUUGAACGCUCUUCCUGUUCAAUUGCUUUCCAUGACUACCCAAGACGCAAUUAGAGUUACUCGAGCACUAUCGAUUAAAUAUCUUUGGGUAGAUGCUCUGUGCAUCAUCCAAGAUUCGACCGAAGACAAGUUGAAAGAGCUUGCUGUAAUGGGAGAAAUUUACUCUCGUUCCGUCAUCACGAUUGGUGCUGCCAAUGGUGACUACGCAGAUGCUGGACUUUUUGCAAAGCGCGACCCACAUCGGCAGCGACCCUGUCCCAUCUAUGAAAUAGAAACCAAUGGUAGUAAAACUCAGAUAUUUGCCGAACUUCCUCGAGACGAUGAACAGGGAACAAUACUGGACAGUCGUGGGUGGAUUUUCCAGGAAGAAGUGCUUUCAGCUCGGACUCUCAAGUUUUGUUCUGAUGGUCUUCGCUGGUCUUGUGUUACUGUAUGUGCCACAGAAACUACACCAAAUGGCAACUCGCACCCGUCCAAUAAACUCGAUUAUAGGCUUAAAACUUGGCUUCAUUAUCCAGAAUGGAACCCACGAUGGGUAGUUGCCUUGGAUCCGAAACGACGAUAUUUUCAAGACUGGUAUGAAGCUGUAUCAAGCUUCACCGCUCGCGAUUUGACAUAUCAUACAGACAAGCUACCUGCACUUGCUGGUGUUGCAACCCGAAUCCACAAGAUUCGUAAAUACGAUUAUCUGGCUGGUCUAUGGAAGCAAGACCUAGAGUAUGGCUUACUAUGGUAUGUUACCUCUCGGCCAAAGAUAGAUAGUGGAAGGUAUGCAUUCCCAUCUCUGUUGGGCGAUGAAUACUACACUGUUGUUCCGAGGAAAGGAAGCAGUAUGCCAAAAUCCACCUCAUCUGUGACAGAAGGGAUGAGUCAGCUUUCAAUAGGCAGCACUGCCACACACAUUCCCUUCUUGACGAAUGUGCCUAUUAGCUCCAAGGGAACAGCCCAUUACCUGAAAGCGAUAGUGCCCAGUCUCCGACAGCGAGACGAAUUUCAAGGAAAGUCCCCCUCAUGGUCAUGGGCCUCUCUGAAACAUGAGAAGAUCAACUUUCUAUACAGUCACUCGGGGUUGAAAGCAUCCGGACGUCCGCUAAGCCACUGCCUUGAAGUUGACUGCUCGCCUCCAGACAAAGGAAACACUUUUACACAAAUAUUGCCUGGCCAUAUGAUUCUGACAGGUCACUUGAAGCAAGCUCAAGUACACUUUGAGAAUUACGGCUACGAUACCCAGUACCUCCCACCCAACGUGUCUGCGAGUCGCUGGCCUGGAACUCUCGGGCAAGAGAAGGCUGACGGUUCCGGUGAAGGCGAGAUAAUUGGAUUCGUGGCUUUAGAUUCAGACCCAACAGCUAGCGGUUUAAGGGCAAACAGUCUUGCCAUUUUGUUGAUGCGAGAAGACAAGGAUCCGUCGGAUUUGAGCAUGGAAAAGAAUGGGAAACUGGGUUAUCAUAGUUCAGAAAAGGUUCCACAGACGCUUUCUUGCCUGCCCGAUGGCAGUAUUACAUUAAAUAGUGGAACUAAGCGAUAUCUGACGGGUUUGGCGCUUCAGCAAGUGCGGGAUUUCAACAACUUAGCCAUCUUCCGGAGAGUUGGAUUGUGUCAGUUGUACAGAGAAUUUUGGACGGAUGAGCUCAAGAUAGAUUCGAGCAAGAAAAUGUUUAAUCUUAUGGUUGUCUAAGUGUCAACUUGGCCUAACCAUAUUACUACUGUCGUCUGGCAUUAAAUCUUGUUAAUUACA